AUGUCAUGCGGGCUGAAAACCAUUCAUGUACUUGUAACAGGCGCAAGCGGAGGCAUCGGUCUUGAGACCGUCAAACUCUACUUGUCCCUCGGUGCAAACGUGACUGCACAUUACAUCUCCAACUCCAAACCCAUCCAGAAUCUCCAAACCUCUCCUGAGUCUGCCGUGAAGAGUAUGUUCGACGCGCUGUCAGGGACGCCGUUCAGCCCUGUGGCAGUAAUCGUGGUCAACCAUGGCAUAUGGUCGCCCCAGGACGUACCUAUCGUCGAUAUGACCAUUGAACAAUGGGACCACACCAUCAGUGCAAACCUCACCUCAAGCUUCCUGGUCUGCCCAACAGAAAGCGUGAAAGAUAGGGCUGCAAUUGUGCUCAUCGGGAGCACAUCAGGCAAAUAUGGCGAAGCGAAUCACAGCGAUUAUGCUAUCAGCAAGAGUGCGAUGAUGUAUGGCUUGACGACGACACUCAAGAGUGAGAUCGUGAAGAUCGCACCCAGGGGACGUGUGAAUUGUAUUGCACCUGGAUGGGUUCCGACCCCGAUGGUACAAGAGGCUCUGAAUGAUCCAGCUGUCAGCGGACCUGUAUUAGCCGCCACUCCGUUGAAAAAACUUGGGACAACUCUGGACGUUGCAAACCAAAUAGUGGUAGUGUCUUCAUCUGUGAUCUCGGGACAUGUGACAGGGCAAGUGAUCUUUGUAGAAGGCGGUUGUGUAGGGGACAUUUGAACAGUGACUCUGAAUGAGUCAAACACAGGAUCGUGGCUCGCGUCAGUACAUCAUGAAAGUACAGAUUUGGGCAGCAGAUACGUCAAGUAUGUGUUGUGAGCUCUGCAGCCUAAGUGUGAUGAUCGUAUAACUAAGCACCCCGAAACGGACCUGCCCAGUACUUCCAAUUGAAGGGGGAAACUACCCAGCAAGCUGUGCAUAGUCACAAUGGCAAAAAAUACAGUCAGGGCGCUCUCUGCACUUGCUGUGAUCCAUCCCUUCCUUGGAUCGCUUCUAACAAGGUGCCAGCUCGCCUCUGUAUGCUCUAUAUGAUCAUGACUAAUAAGACUGUUCCCCAGAUUGCUCCGUUUAUGGAAGGCAAUUUGAAACUUAGGGUCGGGGCUGGUGUUACCGCGCUUAUUUUCUAUCGGAUCUGCACUUAAAACUUAAGUUUGACUGCCGGCAUGUCCAAGGUCAUACUAGCCUGUUUGAAUUCGAUUGCAGUGAC